GACCGGCGACGCCCACGGCCGGUAAGCGCAUCCAGGACCACGGCGAGCUCUGCGUGACAAGGCCUGUACCCCCACACACUCAGAGGACGACGAGGGAUGCGUGCUCUCGCGCCUGCAUUUGCCGUGGUCGCCAAUACGAGGCGUCACUCGCUCAGACACCACCCUGGCCCGGUAGGAGGCGAAAGCAGUACUGUGGUAGUGGGUUCAGUUUGCACCCUUCAUGUUUUCUUUCGAGUUGUGUUUGGGGACUGUUGCGUCGCAUGUGCAGUGAGUGGCUAGUUGGGCAGGAUGAGUCUCGGAGGGCGCCAUGUGAGCACCCUGAAUUGUGCUGUGUUGUUUCCUAGAACUCCCAUUCGGCAGCUGCGCUCUGUUCCCGCGCCAGCGUUUCCGCUGAGGAAGCUGCGGUUGAGGGCUGUCGGCGUUGUGUGUGCUCGAAAUGACUCGAAUGCUGGGGUUGAGAAGCUCGGGAAAGCAAGCCCUGGGCGAGGAGACGGGGAUGGCAGUCCAGAGCGCGUGGCGGAGGAUCCCCGGCUGAGGUUGGAGCUGAAAGCGAAGAUUGGCAGUCUGGAGUGCAAUGCGCAGAGGGCGAGAGGUGGAGAGAGGGUGCGCGGACACACAGUGGGUGUGGAUCUCGGGGAUGCAAAGACUGGAUUGGCGAUCAGUCUGGGUGGUUAUGCGCCCCGGCCUUUGACCGUGGUGCGGCAGAGGGGAGACAAGUUACUCGAAACCAUAUUGCAAGUCGGCAUACGUGAGAGAGCAGACGAGUUUGUGGUUGGGCUGCCCAAAGCGUGGGAUGGCAAGGACUCGGACCAAGCCAACAAGUGCCGCAGCUUUGCCGGGAGGCUGGCGAAUAUCGUUGGUCGGCGAGGGUGGCGAGUAUAUUUGCAAGACGAGUAUGGGACUUCGCAGGAUGCGCUGGACUACAUGAUUGACAUGGGCAGCAACAGACGGUCUCGGAAGGAGCAACUGGACGCGUACGCCGCCACGGCGCUGCUGUGCAGGUAUUUUGAAUCGGGUGGAAGUGGUGCUCAAAUGGUGGUGCCGAAAGCACUGAACGUGCAGCAGGCGCUGUGCGAAGGCCCGUCAGUCGCAUCUGCCGUGAGAGUGUAUGAGGAUGAUGAGGACUUGGGCGAAUUCUUUGACUUCGAUGACGAGUGAAUGGUGAUGUCGGAAUACUCUAACAGAGGCGUCGAUGGUGCAACAGAAUGUUGGUGGUGGUGGUUCAGGGAUUGCAAGUAGGUUAAACGCGCAUGAGUUUUUAGCAAUCUGAAAUUCCCAACCUGGAUAGUUAGGUACUGUCUACUGAAAAUUGGUGGGUAGACCUAGGUUUCGAACAUCAAAAUCAAGCAAACCUAGGUCUAUUUAUUUAAUAUGAUGAUAUUACACAUGGUAGUUUCUACCUAUGAAAUUUUAAAAAAAAGUCAAAUUGUCUACAAAAGCCAUAUUUGCAAUAAAUUUGUAUAUAGCCUACUUCAUAUAAA